CCCCUUCAGUCUUGCACAGGUGUACCGGCUCCUCCCCUUCAGUCUAGCACAGGUGUACCGGCUCCUCCCCUUCAGUCUAGCACAGGUGUACCGUCUCCUCCCCUUCAGUCUAGCACAGGUGUACUGGCUCCUCCCCUCCAGUCUUGCACAGGUGUACCGGCUCCUCCCCUUCAGUCUUGCACAGGUGUACGGCUCCUCCCCUCCAGUCUUGCACAGGUGUACCUGGCUCCUCCCCCUUCAGUCUUGCACAGGUGUACCGGCUCCUCCCCUUCAGUCUUGCACAGGUGUACCGGCUCCUCCCCUUCAGUCUUGUACAGGUGUACCGGCUCCUCCCCUUCAGUCUUGCACAGGUGUACUGGCUCCUCCCCUUCAGUCUUGCACAGGUGUACUGCCUCCUCCCCUUCAGUC